AUGUCCCCCUUCCCACCCCGUCCCGCCUACGGCGCGCUUCGCCUCGCCAGGCCAUCCGACAUCCUGCGCCUCGGCAUCGUGGCCGUCGCGUCGCUUUACUACACGCCUCAGUUUCGUUGGGAGCGGCCGCGUCACAACAACAAACUGCUUUCGCGAGACACCCUGCUGGCCUACCGCCAUCAGUUCAAGGACGCCAUGAUGAGAGACGACGCCAUCGUCCUCGUCGCCGAGGACGCCUUCGAUCCCAAGGAAAACGAACACACCGAUGCCGUGACCCCGCCCAGCGAUAACUGGAUACCGCCGAACGAGGGUGAGAGGGUCAUCGUCGGGGUCGUGAGCAUCAAACUAGAGCGAGGCUCCAUGAGGCGUGGCCAGUUUACAUACGAUGGAGACUUUCCACAGUUGACGCAAGAUCUGGGCCGCGACGUCAACAAGACACACCGCAACGCUUGGGGCAAACAUGUCGAUACCCUGAAGCAAAAGCACUGCCGCGGCUACUCCUUCAUGGAGUUGCUCGCCGUGCACCCGGCGUACUGGAGGCGGGGACACGGCAUCAGGCUGGUGACCUGGAGCGCCAACCUGUCCCAGCUGGACGUGGUGAAUCAGGGUGUCAUCGCCACGCCCAUGGCAGAGAAACUCUUCAAGGGUCUGGAGUAUAUCCUCAUCGACAGGAGGAAGGUGCCCGGGGAUCAGGAUGACCCUGAGGGUGCGUUCGUAGACCUGCUUGCGCUUCUACCACCCAGGGCCAUUGAAGGAUAG